CUUCUAUUACUGUCGUUGAAGUUUUCCUAUCAAAACGAAUUUUGGCAAGUUUAUCCGUCUGCGCAACCUUUCUAGCCUCCUCCCGACUCCCCUAGAAACCAAUCUCGUUUCCAACUCGGAGUCAACCCGCCGCGCGCUGCCUGGGUCAGGAGAUAUCCCCUGGCCUAAUGUCCACAUAAUACCAGAUAGGUUAUAUUCAAGGAUGCUGCCAUUUAACUACGGCUGCUUUGGUUUUGGCUAGUAGCCACCUCUCAUUAUGUCUCGCUCUUCGGCAGGCUUUGCGGACUUCUUCCCUACGGCUCCGUCGGUCCUCCAGCAAAAACGGAUCAAAACCACCCGAGACCGACCACGACCGAAGCCGCAACUCGAAAAUGACGAAAUCGAUGAGCCGGCUGUGCAGUCUGCUGUAUUGGAACAGUCUCACAAUCCAGCCGCCGAUGGUAUCCUUGCAGACUCUCACGCAGAACCGAAGAAGACGUCAGUCGAAACCAUCGGGUAUGGAUCCGCAAGCUCUGCAAACACGGAUCCUACAGCACCCAGCUCAUCUGCCCCUCAGAAUGGCGCUCCAUAUCUAUAUGAGGGGCGCUUUGACACCCUCACACCAUUGACAAAUACAGAAUCCUCGCCACCCCAUAAAUCUAGCCCACCCCAGAAUAAGACGAGGAAUGGUGUUGCAGAAGAUCACACCAAUUCUGGGUGCGAGGAACAGAAGCCUGCCAUGACGCCUCUACACACCCCACCAACACCCCAAUCACACGGCCGCCGCCUAGAGAGCAUCAGGGGCUACAAACUUAUCUACGAUCCUGACGUUGAAAAACGUUCGUCUUCAAAGGAGAAGCGGAGGAAACCUCGCUAUGCGGACAUCUUACCUAACAAGCAGGAUGACGAACAGACUGAUCCCCGCCUCUCAAUAUCAAAUUACACAAAAGGUGCUGGAUGUAAACAAAAGACGAAAUACCGACCCGCGCCAUACAACUUGAAACACUGGCCUUACGAUUCAACCUCGACACUAGGGCCGGGACCUCCAGUACAAAUCGUUGUCACCGGAUUUGAUCCUCUUACUCCCCUUGCGCCUAUUAGUGCUUUGUUUACAAGCUUCGGAGACAUAUCGGAAAUCAACAACCGGACAGAUCCUAUAACUGGAAGAUUUCUCGGGGUGUGUUCGGUGAAAUACAAAGACAGCGGGUCGUUCAGAGGUGGUGGUCCGGUCCUCGCAGUAACGGCAGCUCGACGUGCCUACUAUGAAUGCAGAAAAGACCAGCGUAUUGGGACCCGCCGAAUCCGUGUUGAGCUAGAUAGGGAUGGGACCGUCACCGAGAGAAUUGUCUCCAAAACAGUCGAUUUGCAAAGAGUUGUUCCAAAGAGCAAUGUUCCGGCGUCCGAGGAAACAAAAGUCGAACCCCAAGCAAAGAACAACGAGCCCCCACCAAGCGCGCCGAAAGGUCCUUCUGGUAGAUCAUCAAUGCGGCCCCUUACGAUACCAGAAGGACCGAGGGCGACUUUUCUCAAGCCUACUAUGACGUCGCUAGUUGAAGAGACUCCGAUCUUGAGUCAAAUAAAACGCGACCCAUAUAUCUUUAUCGCACACUGCUAUGUCCCAGUCCUCAGCACAACAGUGCCGCAUCUGAAGAAAAGAUUGAAGUUAUUCGAUUGGAAAGACAUUCGUUGCGAUAAAACCGGAUAUUAUAUCAUAUUCGAGAACUCUCGGCGCGGCGAGGAAGAGACAGAACGUUGCUAUAAGAUGUGCCACAUGAAACCACUGUUCACGUAUAUCAUGAAUAUGGAAAGUCAACCCUAUGGUAAUCCCUCAUACGAACGAAGCCCGAGUCCCGCACGAUUUCAAGCAGAGCAACGUGAGCGGGCUGAAACUCAAAGGCUGCAAAAAGAAGCCACCCUGGAUGUUGAAGAGGAGAAAAAGCAACGAGCGCUUGAUUUGGAUCCUUGCAAGGAGGUGCUUUUUAUCAUAAUACGAGACCUCAAAGAUAAGCUGCUCGAGGACGUGAAGUCGCGCAUUGCUGCCCCAGCGCUCUACGAUUAUCUCGAUCCUGAUCGCCAUGCGUCAAAGAGGAAAAAACUGGGCAUUGCUGAUCCAGAAGGAGCUAAGAGGCCGAUGUUUCAGAUCGAUGUUGACAGUUCACUCGGUACUGCCGAUUCGCGCUCCGACUUAGCAAAGAAUCGGCAUCCUUUCACUACCUCCAAUCUCAACAUACUCGCGCUUCCACGCAUCAGAAAGGCUCGGCGCCUCGACCCAACUAGCGCUGCUUUCUUGGACGAAAGGCGCAAGCAGCCAUUACGAAGCAAAGAAGUUAGACCUCUUUAUCAUCGGCUUCAGCAACUUCAUGAUGUGGAGGACUCGGAUGAUGAACAAAGAACGCCGUUUACCAGAGACACAGAUGAGCAAGACAGCCGACGGACUAGCCGAAUCAGUUCAGCAUCUUUAGAGUCUGAUGAUGAUGAUGAUGGGUUUGUUUCUGAGCCAUCAAACAUAUCUGUGGUCCAGAAUUUGAUCGAUGCAAACCGGGACAGCACUAUCGAAGAUUCCGAAGAUGUCAUAUUACCAAACGAAUCAGCUCAAGAAAAUUUGCUCACAUCGCAUAAGAGGAAAAGGGACAGCAAAGACUUUACGGCACACAAGAGGCUGAAAGACGACGGCGAACUUUUCAGUAUUGACCCGACAACAGGAACGGCUAACGAGCAUGUGGGGGGAGUUGCUACUCUACACGUGGCUGAUGAUCGAACUAUAGUUUGGGGGAAACCGACAAGUUCUAUCGAAGAGAAAAGAUCUCAGGAGAGCGCAGAACACCCCGAGAAGCAGGAUGGAAUACCAAGCCCAUCCAGUGUCGAAAGGGUCGAUACCGAAUCUCCUAUGUAUGGAGAUGACCACCAUGGCAUAGUGCUUCCCAUUGAUGAGCGUGACAAUGAAAGGCUGCUUGGCGGGUUGAAAGCGGAGAUUGUAUGGAAGGUCUCAUAUGAUGAACCACGGCCGUUAACGGAAGAUGAUGAUGCUAUGAUCAUGGAUCUCGAUGGUUGGCAGAACCUCAUCAAGGACGAGGAAGAUUUGCGCUUCCUGCAAGACAUCUUAACCCAACACCCUACGGCCAGUGUUGGUAAUCUCGCAGCAUGGGCAUGGAGACAAAAGGAGAUCAAAACCCUGAAUCGCCCCAGAGGAACCGGCCCAGUGCAUGAGCAGACUACCAUUCACGGCUACUACGUGUCCAAUACAACAGGGUCAGCUCGAACCGAAGGGAGAAAGAAGAUACUGGAAUCCGAGAAAUCAAAAUACCUACCGCAUCGAAUCAAAGUCCAGAAAGCCCGAGAAGAGCGCGAGGCUAGAGCGAAGGACGACCCCCAUACUGUCGCUGCCGAAGCUGCAAGAAUAGCUGCAGCCAAGACCAUCUCUAAGUCGACAUCUAGGUCAACAAGGGUGAAUAAUCGUCGGCUCAUUGCGGACAUCAAUGCACAAAAACAGGCUCUUCCCACUCAGAGCGGCGACAGCGAUGUUCUGCGGUUUAAUCAAUUGAAAAAGCGAAAGAAACCGGUUCGCUUUGCCCGAUCGGCAAUCCAUAAUUGGGGUCUUUACGCCGAGGAAAACAUAUCCGCAAAUGACAUGAUCAUCGAAUAUGUUGGGGAAAAAGUACGGCAGCAGGUUGCGGACAUGAGAGAGAGACAGUACCUGAAGAGUGGCAUAGGCAGCAGCUAUCUGUUUCGUAUCGACGAAAACACAGUUAUAGAUGCCACAAAACGAGGGGGUAUUGCUCGAUUCAUCAAUCAUAGCUGUACGCCUAAUUGCACUGCCAAGAUCAUAAAGGUCGACGGAAGCAAACGGAUUGUCAUAUAUGCUUUGCGGGAUAUCGAACGUGAUGAAGAGCUUACUUAUGACUACAAAUUCGAAAGAGAAUGGGACAGCGAUGACAGAAUCCCCUGUCUUUGUGGUUCAACUGGCUGCAAAGGCUUCCUCAAUUGAGCCUUGCAUUCUAUGCUCGCAUUGCCCCUCAAUCAAGCAGAUUUUUGGUUGCUUUAAUUAGAGUUGAACCUGGUAGAUCGGCUGAGUAUAACUGGUCGGGAAACCCUCCCCUGGAAUUUGAAUGUCCGCUUGAAUAUAGCAUACCCAUAUGUGUACCCUUCCAUUACUUUUCAUUGUACCUC